UCGUCCGUGUCGCGCGUACUUGUAACGAACUUGUCACAAACAAACAUGGAAUGGACGCAAGCGAGAGUCUGCAAACUAAUAGACACAUACCGCACUACACAAGGAACUACUAUGGGAUCCCGAACACUCGCAGUACCACAAUAAAUUCCUAAAGAGCAUAGCGUGGGAGGACAUCGCAAGAAAAAUGGACUGUGACAAAAGUGAUGUAAAACGCAAAAUGGACAAUCUUUUGAGUCAACUGCGUCGGGAAAAGAUUAAAAUGAGGCAGAGAAUGAUGGGGGAAAAAGCAUGGCAGCCAACGUGGUACGGGUAUGAACUUAUGUCGUUUCUUCACAAUAGAAAAUUUUCACUUAAAAGAACUUCACCAGAAGAAGAACAGAGGAACAAAAUUAAACAGAACAUCAUUGAACAGAACAGAAGUAUCGAAAUACCGGAUACAAAUUCGGAAAAAGAGGAUGACACUAAUGAUACUAUCGAACAAAAUGAUGACUCAAACAGCGAAGUCGACGAGGAUGACGAGCCAUAUGUGAUGGUGGUCUGCAAAGAUGACCCAGUUAAUCCACUGAGCGAUAAGCCUGACACGACAAACGAUGAAGACACAUUGAGCCACUCGAUUUUCGACUCUCCGCCGGUGAAGAUAAAGAAGAUGAGCGUGCCAAAUCGACGGACGAGUUCGUCGGUCCGUUCCUUCGCAUCGGCCGCAGGAGACCACGAUGUCCCGUCGUUGGAUGAGAAUCAGCUGUAUGCCAAUUUCAUAGCCAGCAAGUUUCGCUCGAACACAGUAAGUACGAGGAACAGAUUACAACACGAAAUAAGUCUACUCCUUUAUCGAGCUGAUAAUGGUGAAUUUGAUAACAAUAAAUAACAAGGUUAUUUUUAGAAAAUAUUAAGAAAUAAAUUGGGUGGUCAGACAAGUUGCAUUAUAAAUUUGAGAGCAAAUCUAAGAAUUUAAAAAUUACAUAAUGACCAGUUUACUGUAUUUUUUCCAUUAGAAAUUCAGUGUUGCAUUUGAUUACUGUAUUGAGAAUGAUGUAAACCGGCCA